UUGCGUCAGAAUAGACUCAGAACUAUUCUUAUGUGUUGUUGCUGUGGUAACUUGCAGAUAGUAAAAACUGGAUUCAAGACGGUGGCAAAAAUGAUGCUUUUUAAACAGACAAAUUUGCUUAAUUAUCUUUCGUGCUAUUAGUUUUUAUUACCGGGAGUAAAAAAUGCUCUGAUUUUAGCAUGUGGUCGUUUUUGAUAUGAAUCAAAUGUGAUCAAGGCACAGCGGUUGUCGAUGAAUGACAUGUUUACCACGAAUAAAUGAUGUCUUUCUGUCAUUUAGGUAUGCUGGAGACAUUUCCGAUGCUUUCUUUCCUAAAAGCUCGCCAGUGUAUUGAUUGCAAAGCAAAGUUUUUCGAAGCACACGCCGUUAGUCUGUAUUCUGGGAGGUGUUACCAUGUGUACUUUUGAUGUUCUGUCUUUGUAUUAAUACUGUGCUGUAGCAUGAACUAUAAAUGAAAGGAAUUGUAGCUAAAAGUACACAGUGCAAAUCUAGCGGCUAUCAUCUGAUGUUUCUUAUUCAACAACGAUAACAGGUGAGACUCCAGUGAAGAGACGAGCUGUAUUUAAGAAAAUUGACCGGACUUGCUGAACACCUACAUCAUAGCUUCCAGUGCAAGACUUAAGUCAUGCUCUCUACAUCUACAUAUUGUGUUCGUUCUCUACGUCAGAGCACCUGCCAACGCACUGUGAUCGACGAUAUUUAGUGAAGCGAAGUUUGUCAAUUUAAUUUUUUUGGGGGAAUAUACUUCUCUCGCCGGAGCCAUCAAAGUUAAUUGUGCCACGGAGAUCAGACAGAGGAAAUAAUUAUUCAGCUCUGUUGUAAUAUAAAAACCCUGCAGGCCAUUUGAUAAGUAUUGGCUGACAUUGUGUGACUCACAUGGCAGGUGAACUAAAUAUUUUGGCGGAAAAUGUAUUGUGCUUAUCUAAGCCCUCUCAAAUGAACAAGGUUAUUUUUCGACAGUGAUUGGAUCUUCAGCUACAGCCAAGGAUUUUGAGUUAAUUUUGUCAUAUUUGAGGUUUAUCUGGACUGAACUGCUUAGCAGUCAUGAAUGGUUCGCAUACGAACGUGUUUGAAAAUGUAAGUGAAAAUAUUUUAUCUGACAUUUCCCCAGAGGUGCGCCUAUACAGACAAGUAGAACUUGCUCUUGCCGUCAUAUUAUGCAUCUUGUCGCCUAUAACAGUGAUAUCCAACGCUCUUCUACUAACAGCGAUCUACAAAGAUCCUCUGCGGUGUUUUCGCACCCCGAUGACAUCCUUUAUCGUGGGUCUCGCGAUAUCCGACCUGCUCGUGGGGUUGACUGUCGAGCCUUUUUUUGCAAUUUUUUACGUAGUUGGUUUCUCCAACCUCAACGCAAGGCCUGGUGCAGUUUAUGAGUUAAUUCAAAGGAUUGGCGGAAUUAUUUCUACUAUAGCGAUCAGUGUUUCAUUUUUCGUAGUUCUCGCCCUUUCUGUAUGUCAAUAUAUAGCGGUCACCUACCCACACAAAUUCAAGACCUUGGUGUCCAGAAAUCGAGUUCUCUGCUCUCUUGUUGUCAGCAGCGUUUACAUCACGGGUUUUUGUAUGCUGCAGUUUACGGGGAUAGAAUUGAACACAUUUUUAUUGGUAGACCUUGUCCUACACCCUUCUCUGUUCUCUAUUAUCUUAAUCGUUGUUCAGGUACUAUUAUACACGUCCUUUAACCGGCAUCUCCAACGAAGAAAUACUCUCCGCAGAGCAGCUUCCGUGAACCAGUCCCUCAGGAGAGCAAAUUCCUACAAGAGAAGAAACAAUGAACGCCAGUUUACCAUCAUGACAUUUUAUCUUACAGCCAUCUUGUUAGUGUCUGCUUCGCUGCACAAUACUGCCCUGUACAUUUAUCUCUUCAAGAAACCAAGAACCUCGGUGGAAAAUGUUAACAUUCACAUCGGUCUACGAAUCAGUGAUCUAAUGCUUUUCAUCAAAGUGGCCCUGGAUAUUUUUAUCUACGCGUGGAGGCUUCCCUCGUACAGGAGAGCUCUCAGAUGUACUUUAUUUGGACGUCAGCCGGCAAAGCGUGGCUCGUCUACGACUGUUCGUAAAACAAGCGAUGCUCCAACUAUGAUGGAAAAUGAUCACAACUUGAAAGAGACUGGGACAGAAAAUGCAACAAUGUUGCAGCCACUGGUAGCUUGUACGUGAUUUUCCAAUUCCAAAAUUAUAAAAUUAUGCCAGCAAAUGGGAUUUCUGGUGGAACCCCAGAGGCUUUAUGCUCACUAAGUUAAAUAUCCCUUUCAGACAAGUCUUAAAUAGAUCUUUGUACUAUUGUAAAUAUUUGUCCCUCUUCAAAAUUGUUGUUGUGGCUAAAUUUGAAGCCCAGCUGUUGGGAGAGGUGCCUGCAAAGGUUUGCUCAUAGCUGGAUAAAAAAUAGGUUUAAAAGCGAAAGGCUCAUUUUUUGUUCUCUCGGCGGAGAGAAUCAGUCUCCCAGAUCCCUUUGCGUUCGCCUCCGGCCGAGAGAAAUUGUUUUUAUUACCUCACUUUUACUGAUAAAAGAAUACUGGUUUCAUAUACACAUGGGGGUAGGUUUUGUCAUUACACACGAGCAGAUUCUUGUCUGAUUCACAUAAAUAUAUCGACUACAAUGACCUGCUUCAUUGACUAGAGGAAAGUGUAGAUAUAAAAAUAGACAUGGUAAAAGUUAAUCAAGAUAUCAGGUGCAACAACGACAGUUGUGUAAUUGUGUCUCGACAAUCUAUUUAAAUUGUCCGUCGGCUUAAGUGUUUAUGGUUUUCGUCUACUUGGAGAUACAGUAGAUAACCAUUUCUUUGUGUACAAAUCUCUAUACAGACGAGAGCUCAUUUUCGUGAAGAUUUUUCGAGCAGGAGAAAUUUUUUUAAUCUCUAUUAGGUUGCUGCAUAGCCGGAAAGACCAUGGACAAAUUGUUGCCAGAAAAUAGUUAAGAUGAGGCAUUCUUGGACAUUCUUGUGGACAAGGAAAAUAUGAAUAAAUUUUUAAGUUUUCAGUUGCAGAGAGCUUCAUAGGAUCAUAGAUGAUCAAUUUGAAUGACAAUUCUUAAUAUUUAUUUUGAUGCACCGAGACGAACUACAUUGUUUUUCGUUUACAGAGGGACACCACUUCCCUUAAACAUUAUUUAAUCUGGACCGCAUUGAACGGAGAUUCACUCACAAAUCUAAAAUCAAUGUAAAGAAUUAACAUUGAGGAGACGGUAGAUUGAGUAGAUCUUUGUUUCUUAUGUUUACCCGUGUUGUUUCAGUCAAAGAUGGGAAUCUUUUGUUUUAGUUGGAAUGAUAAUCUUUAAGUGCAAUUGUGGAGAGGUCUUCGAUCUCUCUUGUCGAAUUAACAAUUAUUCCACUAGCGCGCGUUGGA